AUGUGCUACUUCUAUGAGGAAAAUACCCUAAAAUUGGUCAUUGAUCAAAUAAAUGCCAUUAACAAAGGCAGUGGAACCCAGUUAGGGCAGCUUGAGUCCAACGGAGGCCUAGAAUACAGCAUAGAAAAUAUUUUGACACAGUUAAGAGAUGCAGUGCCAAAGGGCAUCCAAAGCUGCUGUGAAAGCUUAGGAAAAUUAAUUGAAAAGAUAAAAGAUGAUCUGGGAAAAAAAGUGAAGACUCUGAAAAGAUACCUAAGAGAAGUUAACUCAGGUGAAUCCCAAGAGAAAGACGCGCUUCAGAAGAAACUAAAAAACUUGGAGAACCAAAUAGAUGAAACUAAAUCAAGUCUAGAAGUGUUGAAAAAACAAAUGGAUGACAAUGAUAAAUGCUGUUAUAAACUGAAAGAUGAUAUUCAGGAUUUGGACAAAAAGCUCAGGGCAAUAAAAAGCGAUGCAGAUGACAAAACCCAUAAGCUAGACAAUCAGCUAAAUAAGCUAAAAGAAAAACAACGCAAUGGAGAUGAUCUGAUAACAAAUAUUAAGCAAAAUAUAGAAGAUGAUGCCGAAAAUAUUAAAAAUAUUCUUAGUCAAUGCGACAAAAAUUGCGUUAAUAAAAACGUUUCCGAAGCCAACAACUUGGAAAAUAAACACUUACUGGACUUAGAAAAUAAAACCGAAACCCUACGGAUGUUGGUCGAAGGCCUUUCCAAAAGGUUCGGCGACUUGAACAUCCAAGAAUCAAACAAUUUUAGUGUAACACUUAAAACUUGUCUGGAAAAUGGCGAAACCCUAUCCAAAAUUCAAACUCAUCUUCAAUAUUUGGCAAAGCAAAAAAAUGAAUCAUGUUUUGGGGGAUCGCCAGGGGGCUCUGGAAAUGGUGUUUCAGCAGCUAAAAAAAAAUGUUCUUUUAAUGAAAAGCUAAUCAAACAUCUUAAAGAACUGAAAAAAGAGGGCGAAACUUUACGUGAAGAUCUGAAAAAAUUCGCAAAGUGCUGUGAAAAAAUAGACGAGCUUAACCUGCAGGUGGCGAGACUAGAAAAUUUGAUUAAGGAUAUGAACCAAACCUAUAAUGAUCAACUUAAAGAUAACUCAGACCAAUUUGAAGCCUUAAAACAAAGCCUGGACGAUUCUUUAAAGAAGUUGGGCACCAAUAAUCAAUCGAUAAAUAAUGAAGAUCUUCAGGAGCAAAUAAAUAGUCUUAUUAAAUUGCUAGACAAUGCUAAGAUAAAAUUUGAAAUUCUAAAAGAUCGACAAAUGGGUUUGUUUAAAAAAAAAGAGAAAAUUGAAAAUUCAACAUACUCGCCAGAUGAGUUGGCAAGUCUGAAAAGGGAUUUUGAAGAGUUCAAUAAAGAUGUUGACGGGAAGCUAAAGGAAUUUGAAAUUCUAAAGAAGAACAGGAAGCACGCCCUGCCAAAACUGGAGAGAUUCAAAAAUGAAGUUGGUCAAGAUCUGGAUCAUAUAAGAAAAAAACUUUCAGGCCCGAAAGUACUGGAGAAACAGGUUGAAGAUCAAAUAGAAGAUCAUAAAAAGCAAGCGAGUCUUAUGCUUGACUGCAAAAACAGGUGUAUGAAUAUUGACAAGAUGGAUGAUCUCAUAGAUCGAGUUGAGGAUUUAGAGAAGCUUGUCAACAUGAAGAAAUCAAGGACAGGACUACGGAAACAAAAGUAUUAUGUUUGA